GUAACGUUCCCGGCUUCUACCGCUUGGCACUGGAUCUCAGAUAUUUAUAUCAACGUUCUAAAGAAGUAUGCUCCAGUGCAUUGUAAGGGGAACUAGUGUCCGCCGAAACGCGCGAUUUUCGCUGUACUCAUUUUCCCGCGUUGUAGUGCGGGCGCAUUCUCUGCGGAUGCCCGUAAAUGUUAUGCGAUUUUAUUCAAAAGGAUACGAGGAUUUCGUCAUGGAGAAUAACAAUGAGUUUGAGAAAUGGCGCAAUUCUGCACCCCAUUUCUACUCUAUACAAACCAUCGAAAUGAGGCCAUACUCGUUCGUGCACAACAUUGAUCCAGAGCGAGUUCGGGAAGGAUCCCAUAAAAAUGCAGACGAUGUUUUAUUCGAUAUGUUCAAAAAUGAAGAUACUGGACUACUACCUGUUGGAAAGUUUUUGGCCGCCUUGAGAACGACUGGAAUAAGAAAAAAUGAUGCUCGCGUUAAAGAAGUUAUGCUAAACUUGUACAAGGUGCACAAAGAUUCUAAUUACGAGGGAGGUUCUCCAGAGACAAUGAAGUUAGACAAAAAAACAUUUAAAGAAGUAAUUGCUCCCAAUAUUGUUCUAAUAACAAGAGCAUUUCGCAGUCAAUUCGUCAUUCCAGAUUUUCAGGAUUUUAUCAAAGAUAUAGAGGAAAUGUAUUGGUCCGCUAAAAGUAAUACUGAUGGCAAAGUUGCCAGUUAUAUUCCACAAUUAGCUAGAGCAAGUAACGAGAAUUGGGGUGUUAGUGUCUGUACAAUAGAUGGACAAAGAUUUUCUAUCGGUGAUGUCACAGUUCCGUUCACUCUACAAUCAUGCAGCAAACCACUCACAUACGCUAUGGCACUAGAGACUCUAGGUCCCGACGUGGUACACAAAUAUGUUGGCACCGAGCCCAGCGGGAGAAACUUCAAUGAACUCGUAUUGGAUUAUAAUAUGAAACCACACAAUCCUAUGAUCAACGCUGGAGCCAUCCUAGUGUGCUCAUUGCUGAAAACAUUGGAUAAACCUGAGAUGACUUUGGCUGAAAAAUUCGACUACGUUAUGUCGUUCUUCAGCCGGCUGGCCGGCCACGAAGUGUUAGGUUUCAACAAUGCUGUAUUUUUGUCGGAACGCGAAGCUGCCGACCGGAAUUAUGCACUUGGUUUUUACAUGCGCGAGCAUAAAUGUUACCCAGAGAAGACUAAUUUACGGGAAUGUAUGGAUUUUUAUUUUCAGUGUUGUUCUAUGGAAGCGAACUGUGAUAUAAUGUCAAUAAUGGCGGCGACUCUAGCAAAUGGCGGCAUCUGUCCUAUUACCGAUGAAAAAGUUCUACGGCCUGAUUCUGUAAGAAAUGUGCUGUCUUUGAUGCAUAGCUGCGGAAUGUACGAUUACUCGGGACAGUUUGCUUUUAAAGUGGGUCUUCCUGCAAAGUCAGGUGUAUCAGGGGCUAUGCUCAUUGUAGUACCCAAUGUUAUGGGAAUUUGUACGUGGUCCCCACCUCUUGACCCUCUUGGAAAUAGUUGCAGAGGACUACAAUUUUGUGAGGAACUGAUCCAGAGAUUCAACUUCCAUAAAUAUGACAAUAUUCGUUAUGCGAGCCAUAAAAAAGAUCCACGAAAGUAUAAGUUUGAGUCGACCGGUCUUAGCAUUGUCAAUCUGCUGUUUUCAGCAGCCAGUGGUGAUCUUAGCGCUUUGAGAAGACACCAUUUAUCUGGUAUGGAUAUGACCCUAUCCGAUUAUGAUGGUCGUACAGCACUUCACUUGGCAGCUGCAGAGGGUCAUUUGUCCUGUGUUGACUUUCUUCUUGCUCAAUGUGCUGUUCCCCAUGACCCUAGAGAUCGGUGGGGAAGCCGUCCGCUUAAUGAGGCCGAAACAUUCGGUCAUACUGCCGUAGUAAAAUACUUAAAGGAAUGGGAGCUCGCACAUCCACUCAACCAAGAAAAUGAAGCAUCGGCAUCAGCGGUGGAUGAAAUUCUUGAAAAAGCAGAUGCUAAUGAUGCCGUUAAAGACCCAAGCAUACAAGAGAUAGUGUCUAGAAAUGGCGACAAAGUGCAAUAAAUUAGAAUAUGAAGUUGAUUAUGGAGAAUUGCAUGUGGAAUUAUUAUGUACUUCCAGACAAUUUAUUCAUUGCAUUAACCACUAGAUGAUCUCAUGACUAUAUUGAUGAUAUUUAAUUCAUAUUCGUUAAUUUAGGCAGGAAAAAUAUUAACAGUUAUAAAUGUCUUCUGCUUAUUAAAAGGUUUUACUACUCUAUUGAAUCAAGUAGAGAAACCCUCGUUGUUAUGACAAUGUUAAUGAUCACUAUAGGCUAGGUCAUUAAUUGAACUAUUAACUCUAAUAUUAUAUAUACUAUUAUAAACUCAUUAUUAAUAAACUGAAGAAAUCUGUAUUAGGUAUAUCUUUUUAUAAUCAUAUUUAAAAAAAAUAUUCUGACUGAUGUUCACAGACUAUGUAAGUACUUGCUAUCAUUGUCAAAUGUUUAUUUUAGUAGAGAUAGGAGCCUCAAGUGCCAUCUACUGAAAAAUAAACAGAUGUUUGACAAUUAGUAAGCAUUUAUGUAUCAUCCAGAUAGGAAUACCAUUGAUAUUUCUGCUGUGUGUUGUAAAAAAAGAUCAUUACUGAACAGUUUGUCCUAUGGCCUUAGUACCAAAGGAUUCAGUUUAAAUUAGUUAACAUUGGCCAUUACCUAUUGUAAUUUAACUACUACCUAUCACUACAGUAUGUUAUUGGCUAACUACCAUUUUCAUAAAAGUGUCAAACAUGUAAUAUUUUGCUAUUAUUCUUGCUUUUAAUUAGAAAGUGAAAGAACAUUAUAAUAGUUAAAAAGGGGUUUCUGAUACAUUUGUGAAAAGGAAGGGGAAGGUACAGCUGGACUGGACAUUUGUGAAAAAAGGGGGACUGACAGGGUCUGAUAGUGACAGUGGUAUUUUAACCUCAGUGGCUAAGUUAGUUAUAGAUGUUGAAUAUCACUGUACUGUGUAUGUGGCACAGAGAUAAUUAUUAUAUUAAAAACCUUUUUGACAUUCCAUACAUUUUUUGAAGAUUUGUUUUAUUCAUAAUUGGAAUGUUAAACUGCUCUCGAUUGUAUUC